AUUACCUCAUCCUUUUAGGGUCGAUGAAAUAAGUACCAGCUGAGCACUGGAGUCGAUGUGAACGACUCACCCCGACCCCCGAAAUUGCUGGCCUUGUGCCAGAAUUUGAAACUGAUAUUCUAUAGGAAAGCGAUGUCAGUUCUACGCAAGCGCAGUAAAGGUGGCAUCCGCCUUCUUCGCACCUUUGUUCCUGGUUUUCUGCUUCUCAUGUCCACUGUUGAAGCCAAAUCGAUAUUUAACCUCGAUAGAAACAAAUUUCUAUUAUCAAAUAACAUUCAAGAUUGACCUUUCAAACACUGCAUCUUCUCUAGGAUUGUCUCCACUUCCACUGCUCUGCUGCUACAGAGGAGAAAACUCAUACAGUGACAUAACGUGUGGACAGUGUGCAAAAGGUUAAAGAAUUGUUUGCAGCAGAUACAUCAUCAUUAGUUAUCGUCUCUUGAUGACCAAAAGGAAAAUGUUUUACAGAAUUGAUGCAAUCUUGUUUAUAUAAAUUGGAGAAGAAAAAUUAUGGAGUAUAUAUUAUGUGAGGACUAUGAAAGACAAUGUAAAGCUAUUGAUUUUCCUGAUGAUAUAAAGAAAGAGAAAGGAAAAACACCAUGUCAGUGUGAUGUCUGUGGUAAAUUAUUCUCUGAUGAGCGGCUUCUCCAUGAACACAAACUUAUCCACGGAAGAGAGAGGUCACAUCACUGUGAUAUCUGUGGCAAAUCAUUCUCUCGAAGGAUUCAUUUGACUGUUCAUAUACGUAUUCACACAGGAGAGAAACCAUAUCACUGUGAUGUCUGUGGAAAAUCUUUCUCAGUAGGGAGUACCCUAACUAAACACAAACGCAUUCAUACAGGGGAGAAACCAUUUCACUGUGACAUCUGUGGUAAAUCGUUCUGUGGGAGUAGUGACUUGACUCAACAUAAACGCUUUCAUACUGGUGAAAAACCAUAUCAGUGUGAUAUCUGUAGUAAAUCAUUCUCACAAAGUACUCACUUGACUGUACACAGACGUAUUCACACUGGGGAAAAGCCAUAUCCCUGCGAUGUCUGUGGUAGAUCAUUCGCUGAAAGUAGUUCAUUAACUGUUCAUAAGCGCAUUCAUACAGGUGAGAAACCCUUUCACUGUGAUGUCUGUGAUAAAGCAUUCUCUGUAAGUGGUGACUUAACUCAACACAAACGCUUUCAUACCGGUGAAAAACCAUAUCAGUGUGAUAUCUGUAGGAAAUUAUUCUCACACAGUACCCAAUUGACUGUACACAGACGUAUUCACACUGGGGAAAAGCCAUAUCAGUGUAACAUCUGUGGUAAAUCCUUUGCUGAAAGUAGCCCCUUAACUGUUCAUAAGCGUAUUCAUACAGGUGAGAAACCAUUUCACUGUGAGGUGUGUGGUAAAUCAUUUUCUCGAAGUGGUGAUUUAUCUAGUCACAAACGUAUUCAUACAGGAAAGAAACCUUCAUCUCUGUGAUAAAUCAUUUUCGUAUAAUUACUUAAAGAGACAUAAACUUAAGCAUAGAGUUUAGAAACCAUAUCA